CCACCGACGCUGAACUGGCGAAGAACUUACAGCGAUCGCUACUCUCUCUCUAUCUCUUUUUCUUUUUUUCCCUCUUUUCUCAGAGGAUCUGAAGCUGGUUCUCCGGUGGAUUCGUACCGGAUCUGAUUGGAAAUUCUCUGCAUAUCUAUCAGAUCGAAGCUGGUAAAGGUGGUGGUGGUCUAUAUUUGUAUGUAAUUCGGUGUGGAAGUGAGAUCUUUGGGGACUCUUUGUCUGGUUCUUUUGGAGUGUUUUCGCUGAAAGUUGGUUAAAAUUCGUUGUUAGGUUUAGUUUGUGUUUAAGAUUGAAGUGUGGAUUGGAUUUCGUGGGAAUGUAUCAAGUUUGUUAGGGGUUCUUGUGGAGGAACUUUUAAGUUGUUUGUGAUUUCUUUACGGAUUUGUUGAAAUAAGUUGGAUUCUGUAGGGAAGGGUGGGAUUUCGUUUUCUUCUUUCUGAGUUUGUUUUCUACCUCUACAUGAUAGAGGAUAGAAUUCUUCUGAUAGGUGAUAGUUUUGUUUUUGCCUUUGUGUUUUUUAAGCAUUUUUAGGAGUGGAGCUGCUGUGGUUAGAGACUUUAAGGGAAGUCUAAGCUUAAUUAAAGAGUUCAUGUGAGUUUUGGAUUAUUUUUAAUGCUGCAUUGAUCGAAAUCGAGGAGGUUUUUGCAGUUUCGAGGCGUUUUCGCUUAUGUUUAUGUAUGUGAGUUUGGAGAAUCGUCGUCUUGGUUUGUGAGAAGAGGAUCGAAUCUAUUGUCUAUAGAUUGAUCAAUAUUCUCACGUACUUAAUUAUUUUCAUUUCGUUAAUUAGAUCACCUCUCCAGUUCCGCUGUAACGAAUUCCCAGGUCUCCCUCCUUAUUAUCGAUUAUAUUGCAACAUUUCUGCUGAGUUGAGCGGUGAAGUCACGUCGCAAUUGAGAGGUUUCUGAUGGCUCAGGAGGGUUGAGUUUAGACGUUUGUAUGGGGUUGAAGAAUUGUGAGGAACAAUUUGAGGAUGUGCAGGUUGGAGAAAUCUGACAAGAAGUCUGAUUUCGGUGUGGAGAAGGAGAAGAGACGCUGGCAAAUGGGUUUUAAGUAUUUGGGGGAAAGUAAGCUUGAGAAAAUGAAGGGUUCAGUAAUCCCUCGCUCGCGAAUGAAACUGUGGAUAAUUCGGGCAACUACGACUGCUUUGCUCUGGACUUGCAUUGUUCAGUUGACGGCAUUGGGGGAGUCGUGGGGGCCGAAGGUUUUGAAGGGUUGGCCCUCUUGCUUUUCGCCUUCGGAUUCUCCUUUGGCCGUAAAACAGUCUUCUGCUCCUGCUAAAAUCCCCUUGCCACCCAAAAGGGUUUACAAAAACAAUGGUUACCUGAUGGUUUCAUGCAAUGGAGGACUUAAUCAGAUGCGGUCAGCGAUAUGCGACAUGGUAGCAGUUGCAAGAUAUUUGAAUGUUACACUUAUAGUCCCGGAGUUGGAUAAAACCUCAUUCUGGAAUGAUCCUAGUGAAUUCCAGGACAUAUUUGAUGUGGAUCAUUUCAUUACAUCCUUGAGAGAUGAGGUUCGGAUAUUGAAAGAGCUUCCACCUAGGCUGAAGAGAAGGGUGGAGCUAGGAAUGGUACACUCAAUGCCACCCAUCAGUUGGUCAAACAUUUCGUACUAUAUGUAUCAGAUUCUUCCUCUGAUACAGAAGUACAAGAUUGUACAUUUAAACAAAACUGAUUCUCGACUUGCUAAUAAUGGCCUACCCAUUGAGAUUCAGAAGCUUCGCUGCCGAGUAAAUUUCAAUGCUUUGCGAUUUACUUCUCAGAUAGAGGAGUUGGGUAGAAGAGUCAUACAGCUUCUGAGGCAAAGGGGCCCUUUCUUAGUCCUUCAUCUCAGAUAUGAAAUGGAUAUGUUAGCCUUCUCUGGCUGUUCUCAGGGUUGCAACGAUGAGGAGGUAGAAGAGUUGACAAGAAUGAGGUAUGCUUACCCAUGGUGGAAAGAAAAAGUGAUUAACUCUGAAAUGAAAAGGAAAGAUGGUUUGUGCCCUCUGACCCCCGAGGAAACUGCUCUUAUACUGAGGGCAUUGGAUAUUGAUCGUAGUGUCCAGAUUUAUAUUGCUGCUGGGGAAAUAUAUGGUGGAGAAAGGAGGUUGGCGAGUCUCAGAGCAGCAUUUCCAAAUUUGGUCAGGAAGGAGACGCUGUUGGAACCUGCGGAUCUUAGGUUUUUCCAGAACCACUCGUCUCAGAUGGCAGCAUUGGACUAUCUCGUUUCAUUGCAAAGUGACAUCUUUGUUCCUACAUAUGAUGGAAAUAUGGCAAAAGUUGUUGAAGGUCAUCGCAGAUUCUUGGAGUUCAAGAAGACAAUAUUAUUGGACAGGAAGAUUCUAGUUAAUUUGAUAGACCAAUACAAUGAUGGAUUACUGAGCUGGGAGAAGUUCUCUUCUUUAGUUGAACAUGCUCAUGCAGAUCGCAUGGGGAGCCCAAGUAGAAGAGUUGUAAUUCCAGAUAGACCCAAAGAAGAGGAUAAUUUCUAUGCGAAUCCACAUGAAUGUUUGCAAUUGGUUGAGCCAUUGAGUAGCUUGUGAGCUUCAUCUUUUGAUUGGAAGAUUGUUACAAUCAAUCAUUGUCUCUUGGCUAUAUGAUUGUUCUUUGAAGCUUAAUUGAUUCAAUGACAUGUGGGGGAGAAAGAGAGAGGUAUAAAAGUGGAGAUAGUUUAUUACUUAUGGAUGCAAAGAAGAGGGAAGGAGCAGUUCGUGUAAUGCUCUUGGCAAGAUUUCUAUUUGGAGGCUGCCGCAGAAUAUGAAUAUAUUUCAUAUUCACAAAUAACACGAUUCUUGUAUAGACUGCACCCUGCCAUUGCAGGGUCAUAGCAGAUCAAGUGCAAUGUACAACAAAUGAUGAUUGAAAAUACAGAUUCAGUUUUAUUGGGAUUGGGGGAGAUCCAUGGAAGGUCAGCCCUUUUUCCUUUACGACCUGUAUUCUUUUUGGACUUGCUAUUGAAGUCCUGCAAUUUCUUUCAUUGUCGAAUCCUGAAUCUUCUCAAUUCAAUUUAAUAUUGUAUUAUCGCA